AUGCAAUUAGCUUUUCUGGACUUUGGAGCUGCGUUCGACUCUCCUCAUCGAGGCCGUCUUCUCAACGCGCUUCGCGCCGAUGGAGUACCAGGAAAGUUCGUUCGCUUGCUUGAUGACAUGAAUCAACGAACAACUGCUGCAGUUCGUACACCAGCCCGAUGUACAACACCGUUUGUAGUGGUAAAUGGAGUAAGACAAAGGGCAGUGGCAGAACCCUUCCUGUUCAAUUUCGCCAUCGACGACAUUAUGCGAAGAACAGUCGACCAGUGUCCUGCCGACAUGGUCUUAGCACCAUCAGGGUGCCCCUUGACUGAUCUCGAGUACGCCGACGAUGUUGUUAUAUUCGCGGAAAGCAGUACGAAACUUCAACGUGUUGUCAACCUUGUAUCAAAGCUGGCUGCAGCCUACGAACUACGCCUACGACCUGAUAAAUGCAGGCAGAUGUGGAUCUCUUCGAGACCUCGCACGAGAAUCAGGGUGGACGGACAACCGAUAGAACUCGUCGAUGAGUUCUGUUACCUGGGCUGUACGCUGAAGAACAACGUCAGCUACGAGAGAGAUGUUCAGCAAAAAUGGGCUAAGGGCACUUCUGCAUUUAACUCCUUAACGAAAUGCCUGUGGUGGACCACCAUCACCAACGAAGUCAAGCUGCGAGUCUACCUAUCCGCAAUUCGCCCCUUCAUGAUGUACGGAUCGGAGACUUGGGCGGCACCAUCUGCGGUGAUGGAGAGGAACGAAAGCUGCUUAGGCGGCUAUUUGGCUACUUUUGGCCGAGGGUAUGCCACAAUGAGGAUCUUUACGCAGAAAUUGAUGUGGUAUACCGGAAGAUGA